CAUUUCUCUCUGCUGGUGUGUACGUGUGUGAGCACUGCCAGGGCUGGCGAAGAACCAGCUGCCGCCUUUAAUCCGAGCCGCCCGGCCAUCAAACACUAGGGCAGGUCUCACUGCCAGAGACGCUUGGGCUGCGAACCAGCUUGCACGCGGCUCUUUGAGCCCUGCCACGUCCUGUCUGCACCGCCCGGGGACUCGCACCCGAGGAGCGCAGGGCGCAAGGAGCCCCUCAUCUGACCACCCUCCUGCCCUCCUGCCUGUGGACCGCGCGCUGGCUAGUUUCAGGCGCUGGAUUUACCCGCUUUUCAAUUUUUCCUAUCCUCCCACCCCCCGCAACCCCGGGUUUUUUGGUCCACCCCUCCCCGCUACGACCCCCUUUCCCUUCUUGGUCGCCAAGCCUAACCUUGCCCGCGUGGUCAUGGGAUGUCUAAUUUCAUUUGUAUCUAGGCUGCUGAGAGCGCUCCUUGCUCUGUAAAGUGGAUGUCAGGUGGAUCUAUGUUUUUGAAGGAACAAAGACUCAGCGAAGGUUCCGCCGAGGAAGUUUGAGACGCGGGAGGAUGCAGGCUGCGUGCUGGUACGUGCUUCUCCUCCUGCAGCCCACCGUCUACUUGGUCACAUGUGCCAAUUUAACGAAUGGUGGGAAGUCAGAACUUCUAAAAUCCGGAAGCAGUAAAUCUACACUAAAGCACAUAUGGACAGAAAGCAGCAAAGACUUGUCAAUCAGCCGACUCCUGUCACAGACUUUUCGUGGCAAAGAAAAUGAUACAGAUUUAGACCUACGUUAUGAUACCCCAGAACCUUAUUCUGAGCAAGACCUCUGGGACUGGCUGAGGAACUCCACAGACCUUCAGGAGCCUCGGCCCAGGGCCAAGCGAAGGCCCAUUGUUAAGACGGGCAAGUUUAAGAAAAUGUUUGGAUGGGGUGAUUUUCAUUCCAACAUCAAAACAGUGAAACUAAACCUGUUGAUAACUGGGAAAAUUGUAGAUCACGGCAAUGGGACAUUUAGUGUUUAUUUCAGGCAUAAUUCCACCGGUCAAGGAAAUGUAUCUGUCAGCUUGGUGCCCCCUACGAAAAUAGUGGAAUUCGACUUGGCACAACAAACCGUGAUUGAUGCCAAAGAUUCCAAGUCCUUUAACUGUCGUAUUGAAUAUGAAAAGGUUGACAAGGCUACCAAGAACACACUCUGCAACUAUGACCCUUCAAAAACCUGUUACCAGGAGCAGACCCAAAGUCACGUAUCCUGGCUCUGCUCCAAGCCCUUUAAGGUGAUCUGUAUUUACAUUUCCUUUUAUAGUACAGAUUAUAAACUAGUACAGAAAGUGUGCCCCGACUACAACUACCACAGCGACACACCUUACUUCCCCUCUGGGUGAGGGUGAACGUGGGGGUGAGACUGAAGCCUGAGGACUUAGAGCUCCUAUAACAGGGCUGUUACCUCAAAGAAAAAGGUCACAUAUGUUGCCUGGAAUGUGUCUACACUGCUGCUCUCGUCAACUGGCUGCAAAUACGCUAGUGGAAAACAACUGAUGUAAUCUCUGCCCAGUCAGAUUCAUCUCUCAGUGUAGUUUAAGUCACCACAGAUUUAAAGCCACACUCGGAGAUGUGCUGUCACACAUAGAUGUACACAAACCCACACUCAUAUACAUUUCAGCUCGCAUCUGUCAUGAUUCUGUCAAGAGGGCUUUCGUUGUCUGACUCAUGGUGGUUCAGGAUAAACGAUCAUCAAGCAAAAGGAUUUAGUAGAUGGUGAAUGGUUUCUGACACUCGCUGUAUGGAAAUCUCUUUUAAAGUCUUGAGUACAUGCUAAUCAGUAACCCCCACUCAUGCAUUCCUACUGCUUGGAGUAGCUGUACUGGUAAAUACUACUGUAGGAGUAUAUGCUUGUGAAAAAGGAAAAAAAUGUGUCUUUAGAGCUCAGUAUUCUUUAUUUUAUGAACAUAACAAAGUAUAGUAACUUUUUUCCAGCAUACACUAGGCACAUUCAAGGUAAUACAAGAUGGCUUUUUUUUUUUUUCUAUGGAGGGAGUCUGUUCUCAGUAAAGAUGAGCAAACAUUUGGAAUUUACAUGUGGGCAGGUGUUGGAUUACAGCUUUCAUCACCAGUCAUUGGACUUUUGCAAAGCUGAGACCAGCUGAAGCUGCUUAAAACAAGUUCUGGUCAUUGUAUAAGGGAAAUGCCUGACAGACACCAUGUAAGUUAUAAGUGUCUGUCUUAUCUUUACUACACAUAUUGUAACAAAUUCAAUAUCCUAGUCUUCAUUUGUAUGAAUGGUUUGUAUUGUACAUAGUUUAACCAAGUGUUAUUUGAGCUGCUUAUUAAUAUUAACUUGUACUUGUCUCUCUGCUUGUUAUUGGUUAAAAAGAAAAAAAAAGGAUAUGAGGAAUCCAUUUUAUCAAUGUAGCUGUGAACACCAUUAAAAGACAAACUUAAUGUACAAAGCAUUUAUUCAGCUCAAGUAUUGUUGAAAGCUAUACAUAUACAACAUUACAGUCUGUCUGUAUUUAGAUAUUUUAUUUCUGGACAAAAUGAAAUGUAUAUAAAAAUAAAAUGCUUAAAGUUGAAUUUCAGUAUGUACUUGUGUAAGAUGGUGAUUUAAAUGGUUCUGACAAGAAGAAUGUGCUGGAAUACAGCCAUGGAUUUGCAUCUCAUGUCUCUAAAUUUGUACAGAACUAUCUAAAUUGCUAUUAGUUACCCAGUCAAAACAACUUAGAAGCUUCAUUCUCAAGCCUGGGAAACAGUUGUGGCAUACAGCAUCGCACACAUUUUUGGCUCACUGUCAUGCUAGUUAUUCAGGAAUAUCAAAAAUCAAUGAACAUCAGGAGAUAAUUGAGGUUUCCUAAAUUAAUUAUGGCUAGUUAGUUUUUUUUCGGAGUCUUUAUUUAGUAGGAGGAUUGAGAAGAAGAUAACUUUUUCUUUAAGAGAAAAUCAAGAUUUCUGAAGAUUGUGUCUGACAUUCCCUGAUUCUACUAUAAGGAUACAACUCAAUAGAGAAAAUUACAAUAGCAGUGGAGUGCUUCGCUGCUCAAUUUACCUGUACCAAAUGGGAUCAACUUAACUAUAUAACAUUGUUUAUGAACAUUUAACUUUCUUCUAAAAAGUAACUACUAUAAAUGAGUCCAGCAAAAUAAACAGAAGAUGAUAUAUGUAAGGUAACCCAUUUUUAAAGUCAUAGAUAGUGGAUUGGGAUGUGAAGAGUUGUAAUAAUUAACCAAAGAAACCAAAUAUAAGAACACUAACCCAUUCUUAUCUUCCUUUCAUGCUGCACAGAGAUAAGUAUGUUUCCAUAUAGCAAACAAUAGGAGUACGAAAGGAAACACAAGACCACAGAGUUCUAAAAUGAGAACUCAAUAAUUUGUUUAACUAAAUAGAACUGCAAUUCAAAGACACAUCAGUCUGUUAAAUGUCCAUCUCUCAAAAUUCUCCAAUAUGUCUAGACAACCAUUUCUAUCAAUGUAUUAAUUAAUUUGCCAUGUAAUUUAGAAGCUAAUGUUCGAACAGAUCUCUGGCACAACAGGCAGUAAGAGCUUCAUGAGUUCCAUCUGUGGGACAUAUUUGCCACAGUUAAAUCUUAUUAUUCUGGGGUUGAUUUAUCAAAAUGAUCACUUAGGAGUUAGUUUGCUCUUAGCGAAAAAGAGGAGUAAGUGAGAAGGGGAAAAUCAUUUUUUUAAAGGAUUGUUUAGUGGAUCGUGACUUUCAUUAGAUGGUCUAAUCUGUCCUUUUGUAAUCCAAAAUUCAAGAUGAGGUGAAAAUACGUUUCAAUCUCCACCUAUCUGCCCUGCUUUCCUCAUGAAAUGCUGCUUUUAUAUUUGUAUAAACAUACGGAACAUAGCUAACUAACAUUCAGUCAAUUGGAUUAUUGUUCUGUAGUUGUACUUUAGAAGAAAAAAGAAAAUGAAAACAUAAAAACUUCCAACAAAGAUUUCAAUUUCUAAAAUCCAAACUUUCAGGACUUUUUCUGGGCCUAUACACACAUCUCAAACUGCUACAUCAUCAACCCUCAUCUGUAACAGAAAAAUCAUAAUGAUUUAGAGCUUUGACUUAAAAGAGAAUUUACUUGUCUCCAAUAUACUCUUCCUGUUUUAGACAAGGAGAUGGAUGAAGGAAUAUGAUUAAUAUAAAGUUCAAUGAUUCAGAUCAAAAAUUUUCCUAACUUGUCACUUCAACAAACUAGUUAGUUCAGUUUCGAUUGUGCUAGAAAAUCAUUUAUUAUUUGGAAAAAAUAAACUGUAAGUUGCAUUUAAAGGAAAUUAUCUUUUGUAGAAUCUUAAAUAUUAUUCCCCACCUUCAUUAAAAUACAGAAAAAAAACCAAAACAAAACCUUUAAGAUAGAAAAAAGCAUCUGAUGCCAACAUGGGUUUAUCAUUAGCUACUAUUCUCUCCAGAAACAUUUUAGUAACAUUGAGAUUAUUAUGCAUAAAUGAUUAUUGCACUUUUUUGCUUCACGGAAGAAAAAUGAUACAAGUUAUUGGUUUAUCUAUUUAUGAUAAAAACAAUAAAUUGUCAUGGUAUGGUUUCACCUGGUCAUUUUUUGGGCACAUGGCCCUUAUGAGAAUUUCUCUGCAUGAUUAGAAGGAGUGUAACUGUUGAUAUUAUGCAGUAGUGAAUGAAGUUCUGGAAGUGAUUAUUCUGCAAGUAAUUGAGAUAAUUGUUAAAUUUAAAACUGUGGACUGGGAAUCUUCAGGUUCCUAUACUUCAGCAAUAAACUGUAAACCAUAUUUUUCACAGAAUAGAUUAAACAAAUCAUGAGAAGCCUGAGAAAGUGUUUGUCUUUUCCCUUUCCCCCACUGCUUUACAUGUAAGCAGCAGCUUAACCAAUACAAACAGCUCUUUGGAAAAGCAAUUUUCAUCUCCACUUUCAACUCUGAAUGCCAAGUUUUAGCCUGAAACAAAUUCAAAUGGCUGUGCUUAUAAACCUUUGA